GAACAGUCAUAUAAAUUAAGCACCACUCGUUUGUGACGCUCAAGUUCUGCCCAAUAGAGGGAAAACAGUUAGCUGCCUGACCCUAGUGGGUUGGUAUAACAGGCAGCGAGUAUUGGGUUGGCCUAGUCUAUGGAAGUGGGGGGUCUCAUUGAGGGUGUACCUAAAUAGGCUUCUGUUAUUAAUAAGAGGGCCGAAAGGCGGAUGAAUCGAGGGGUUGGGAUUGAAUGAAGUAAAAUAUUCAGUUACUCAAAACUUAAAAAAGAAUAGAACAAUACGAAUUAAUCACAUUUGGUAAUUUGGCACAUGUAAAUUGUAACGUUAGACUGAAACGCGAACCACACCACUCUUCUACUUAAAUAUGCAUUAUCCGCACAGGUAUGGUGUGAGGACUCUUUCUUCUCGUUUAUUUUGCUUUGUUAAGUUAAAUGGAGAGAGAUUAUUGAAGACGGAAAAGACCUUAGCUACAAGUCUAAACCUUGUAAAAAAAUUUAAAAGAAAAGGGUUCACUCUCCUCAUUAACUAACGAGUUAUUAAGAGUUAAUGACUAUUAAAAGAAAAGUUCUGAAUAGUUAGUAAUGCAGAAGACAUAAAAGCAGAUUUACUUUGUGUUUUUCCGUAGUGCCUUUGUAUUUAAAUACUUACUUUCUCAAUAAUCACCAUUCCCAAUUAUAAAAACAAAUCCUAUAUAUCUUGCAGAGUGAAACGGAAAAAAGAAAUCAAAUCCCACUUAUUCUUUUUAAGUGAAAAAGAAACUUAAGCUAUGCCACUCAAUUGAGAUAUACAAUUUGCAAGUAAAUAAAACUCUUAACACUCUUUAGACAAGCCAAAAACCAACCAAUCAGAAAGUUGAGUUGAACUGUAAAAGAAGAUACAGAGAGAUAAUCAUGAAGAAGAAGAAUGGAAAAUCUCAACACAGACAUUCCACAACGACGACACGGCCAUGGCCAAGUUCCAUAAACAAUGUACAAGGAACCAAUGCUUUGGUCCUCUGUUUUAUCUUCUUCUUCGUCGGUGGCUUCCUUCUCUUCACCUGUCUUGACAUGUAUGUGUUUAGGGUUUCCUCCUUUCAAAAAGCAAGCCCAACACCACAGGAGAAAGCAGAAUUCCCUCUCCGAUGCACUGCUACACCAAAUAUAACACAGACCUGUCCAGCAGACUACUAUCCGAAAACACACAACUCCACAAAUUCUGACCGUCAAUCAAAUGUUAUCUGUCCAUCAUACUUUAAAUGGAUCCAUGAAGAUCUACGGCCAUGGAGAGAGACAGGAAUCACGCGGGAUAUGAUCGAGCGGGCUCGAAGGACGGCCCAUUUUAGACUUGUGAUCGUGGACGGACGGGCGUAUGUAGAGAAGUAUAGGCAGUCAAUACAGACCAGAGAUAUGAUUACUUUGUGGGGUAUAUUGCAGCUUCUAAGGUUGUACCCUGGUAAAGUGCCUGAUUUGGAGCUGAUGUUCGACUGUGAUGAUAGACCAGUCGUUCGAUCUGAGGACUUUCCAGGCCCAACUGCUGGCCCACCACCGUUGUUUAGAUACUGUGCGGAUGAUACAAGCUUGGACAUUGUGUUUCCGGAUUGGUCAUUUUGGGGCUGGGCUGAGAUCAAUAUAAGGCCAUGGAACAAUUUGUUGGAGGACCUAAAAGAAGGUAACAACAGAACAAAAUGGAAAGACAGAGUACCCUAUGCUCAUUGGAAAGGGAACCCCUAUGUUGACCAAACCAGGCAAGACCUUCUCAAGUGCAAUGUCUCCGACAAAAAUGAAUGGAACACUCGUUUGUAUGUUCAGGACUGGCUCCAGGAAUAUGAACAGGGGUACAAACAAUCAAAUCUGCAAGAUCAAUGCACCCACCGGUACAAGAUCUAUAUAGAAGGAUAUGCUUGGUCGGUAAGCGAGAAAUACAUACUAGCAUGUGAUGCCAUGACCUUGUACGUCAGGCCUCGUUUCUAUGACUUCUAUGUAAGAGGCAUGGUCCCGUUGCAGCAUUACUGGCCUAUUAAGGACGACUCCAAGUGCACUUCUCUUAAGUUUGCCGUCGACUGGGGCAACAAUCACACCCUAAAGGCACAGGCAAUAGGGGAGGCAGCUAGUAAAUUCAUGCAUGAGGAUGUGAAGAUGGAUUAUGUAUACGAUUACAUGUUUCAUGUACUAAAUGAAUACGCCAAACUCUUGAAAUUCAAGCCGACCGUACCGCCAGAGGCAGCGGAGAUCUGUUCAGAGACAAUGGCAUGUCCGAUGAAUGGUACUCAUAGGAAGUUUAUGACGGAGUCUAUGGUGGUAUCGCCGAGUGAUAGAACUCCAUGCGCCCUGCCUCCUCCAUAUGAUCCGCCGGCUCUUCAAAAAGUCUUGGAUAGAAAAGCUAAUUCAAUUAAGCAAGUCGAGAUGUGGGAAAAUCAGUAUUGGCAGAAUAUAAAUAAUAAGCAAAACUAAUCAAUGACACCAUAUAUAGUAAUUACAAUUGUUUUUGUAGUUUUGAGACAAAAGCCAGGGCAGAUUGACCAGCUAAAAUGUGAGGUAAAUGAGUUUUCUCUUAUUUUCUUA